AUGGAAACUAGACAACCAAUUGCAUUGCUUCACAAUAAUGAGUUUUUAUUUGUUGAAGAAAACACCAACCUAUUAGAAGAAGACUCGAGAAACUUUUCUUCUUUCAAGGUUUUUAAUUUGAAGGAGCCAGUCGACAGUAUUAUCUUGUCAGCAUUAAUUGUUCCACAAUCGAUUAAACAAUAUUACUCAAUUGAAGUCUCAGAAUAUAAUGGUUCCUCAGCUAAGGUGAAAAUUCACUUUUCAAACAAAACACAUUCAGAUGUGAUCAACUUGUUGCGCGAGGCCACUACAAAUCUGUAUUAUAUAUCGGAAAAUGGUCUUAUGGACUGGGUGCCGACUGAUUCGAUUACGCUCAAUAUUAUUUAUCCAAACGCUUGUUCCACAUCGAAUCAAAGUGGGGAUGAUGAUAUAGUGGAAGAUACAGGUAUACUAGAUCUCGGUGAUGUUGAAUGGCUUACUAGGAAAUUACAUGAAAUGGCAUUACUAUUUCAAUCAAAGAAUGAUAUACCCUCUGAUGUAUUGGAAGGUCUUUUUCAUUCUAUCUUUCCAAGACGUGUUACAUCUUUGAAUGUUAUUGAAGGAGUUGGUAUUUUGAUAUCCGCUAUGGAUCAAAGACUCAGAUAUAAUAUCAUAAGAACUGUUUUUCGAAAACUAGCAGAAUUAAUUAAUGAUAAUAAUUUAAGGAGUGUGGUACUGGAAAACAAAUUUUCUCCUGAUUUAGGUUUACAUUUGAUUCUCAGUUUAUGGACUCUAAUAGAAGGUUUCAGAGAUAUUUAUAAAUCAUUCAAUAAUCUAAAGAAUUCAGAUGAACAAUUUAAAAGAAUAAUAUCGGCAGAGAAAUCUUAUUUUAUAACUUAUGUUGAUCAUAUUUGUUUAAUUAUUGAAAACAUAUUGACCAUUAUCGACAGGGAGCAGUACGACUUAAUAUCUGCUCGCCUAGAUAUUCUCGUAAAAGCAAUUGAAGACCUGAUGAAACUAACAGAAAUAAUAUCGGUCAAAUGUAAUGAAUAUCUUAAAGAAAUUGAAACCGAAGAAAAAGGUGCAAAAGUUAGAGCAUUGGUACAUUUAGGGGUUGCUGCUUUUGAAGUUUAUUAUGGUGUCUCAAAGUAUAAAACUCAUAAUACGGUACAGAGGGUUUGUGAAGCAGCUUUGUUUGUUACGAAUGGGUUUGCUUUCGGGUUCGCGCUGGCCGCUAAACAAGAAUUAAGCAAAGCUAUAGAACAACAGAAUAAUACUCUUAAACGGUUGCACGAAUUUCAUCUGAUGCUUACUAAAAUGACCCAGAAAGGAAGAAUUGUUCUAGAUCUAAGUGGAAAUGAAAUGUUAGAUCAGCGAAAUACAAUUAUUGAAGAAUUUGCCGAAUUUCAGAUUCAAUGUAAAAGUUUCAAGGAUGUGUUGGAUGAUCUUGAAGAAUGA